UAGCUUUCGGAUAUUUUCAAAUCUGCACCAACUCGGUUGAAUGUAAUUUCAUGUUAUUUUAAAAGAAAUAGUGUUGUAAAAGGAAGAUCCAUUUCAUUCACUUCAAUUACAUAAGGACAAUGUUUAUCUUGAAGCGGGCACGUGUAAAGUAUAUAAUCUUAGUGUAGUGUAAGCAAGACGUGAUAACGGGUACAAAACAAUGGAGGAAAUUCGAGCGAUUUAAAAACAAGAACAUCUACUCAGUGCAGAGUGACGUUACUCACAUUUAUGAAUAUUUAAGCCGUAAGAAUGUGUGUUUCCACUAGCUUUUACAAUGUCAAAGUCUUGCAAAAAAUGGUGAAAUUAGAACUACAAAAUUUGCAAGCAACAUGUAUUUGGCCACCAAACAAGUCGGUUUAUUUGAUUUGAAUCCCAGAGAAGAAAAAUAUACUUGCAAUGGACCUUAUUGUCAGAUCCCGGGAAAAAUGUCCAAGGAUCAACAGAUGACAUGAGGAGACCAGGUGAAAGGAUUAGGUGAAAUGAUAUAGAAAUUCUCAGUGCUUUUCCUUCACUGGAGUGAAAAUGUCUGACAAAUUCCAUAAAGAUGGUCUCUACAAAUGGAAAAAGCAAACUGAUAAUAAAGUGUAUUCCAGGUCACAAAAAGUGGCAACAACCAGUGAUAUUCAAAACUGGAUCCAAAAAGUUGAACAAGCCUCAGAAAAGGCAGCAGAAAGUGUCUUUCAAGGAAAGCCAUCAAGGCACCAUUCAGGAAAGACUGUUACAGCUUUGAAGACUCUAGAUCAACUUAGGGAACAUGACACAGCUCUCACAGAGGCUCAGGACCUCCUGUCACAGUGGAUGGAAGAGAAGGUCUGUCUGGAUGUGGAUGACGAUGGAGGAGGAGAUGCUUACAGCGAUGAUGCUCUGCAUCAGAGGAGAUUAGAAUCAAAUGUCAAGAAAGAAUGGGAUCAUUUGUUAGAUAAUAACUAUGAAUUGUAUGAUGUACCAAGAAAACAAAAAGUCAAGGAAGAUAAAUCUGAUCCAUAUGCAUUUCUUGAUAAAAUGGAUGACAGUGAAGCUGUGGAGUCCAUCCUAGAACAUAUGCUGAAUAAAAAACUGGUGAAAGAAGCAUUUACUGAGGACCUUGGUUUGAAUGAAAUGUCAAUAUACAAAGAUCCCAGAACUAAAAUGGAGCUAAGACAUAAACAAGUGAAAGAAAAUCGGGAGAAGAGAGAGAAAGAGUUGUUGAGGAAAAGACAAGAACGGCAGGCCAAGAAGACAGCUCAAAAUCAAGCGAAAAUAAUAAUAAUGAAGGAAGAAAAGGACAAAUUGAUGAAGGCUAGGCAGGAGGAGAUGGCUAUAAAGAAGGAGAUGGCCCGUAUUAGGAAAGAGAUGCAGGAAGAAAGACAGAAGCAAAGAGACGCCAAGAAAAGUGAAGAGACCGAGAAGAAAACCAUCAUGUCUGAGGCCAAACUUCACGUGGAUCAGGAGAGAGAGAACGAGAGAGCAGAAAGAUUACAAAAGCAGCUGGAAAUGGAAGAAAGACAAAGAGUUCUCAUUCAAAAAAUGGAGGAGAUGGAAGUUCGUAGGAGGGCUAAUGAAAUGAAAAUUUUGCACAACUGUUUUAGGGCCUGGUAUAAUGUUGCUCUGGAGAGAAGAAUGCAAAUGGGGAAAGCAAGAGCCCUGUCUGAUUGGAAGUUGCUUCUCCGAGCUUGGAAUGCAUGGUCGUCUGUGAUACGUUCUAAAAAGUUAGAGAUUGAGGCAAGACAGCACGAAAUUGAUGUCAUUAAAUCCCACAGAAACAUCCAGAUUGCAGAAAAGCACCACAGACAUGGAUUACUGAAGAAAUAUUUUCUGGCCUGGCAAAUAUGGAUACACCAGGAACAGGAGAGGAAAGAAAUGAAAAACAUGCAGGAGGAAACAAAGAAGAAGAUGACAGUAUUUUUGGAGGCUGCGUCUGAGGGAAAGUUGUGGGAAAGUACUGUUGAUGACUCUAGUGAAAUUAUAAAGGUCCAGAAAAUGCCUUCAGUGAAUGUGGAUGAUUUUUUCAACAGUCAACCAAAACGACCUUCAACUUCUUUGAGUACUGUUUCCUCUAAUGCAAGUGAUCCCCAAGAACGGAAAGUGUCUCGUCCAAACAGAAUUCCAACACAGGCAUGGCAGGUGAACAGGAGGCAUCUGAACCUCACUCCUGAGGAAAUAGCAAAACUGGGAGGAGGUGAAGAAAUUGAUGAGCAGGAGAGGCCUACAGAUCUUCAAGUCCGAAAGAGAUUUGGAACUCAGCCAUGGAUGAACACAAAAUACAUUACCAAUAACUUCGAAAAUCGACACAACUCUCAGCAGAAGAUUAUCAAAGACCAACAAAGGGAGUUACAGGAACAGAGGAGAAUGAUAGAGGAAUUGCAAUUCACACAACAAAAACAAAAGCUGCAACAACAGGCAAACACACAAAAAGAAAUUCAAAGUUUAUUAGAUAAACAACCAAUGUCAGAAAGUGUGCUGAGGGAGAGAGGGUGGCUCACAUGUCAGACAGGUUCCAAGAAAGAUGAAACAAAUAGAACUCCUAGAAAUAAGGAACAUCAAAAAUAUCCUGAGACUGACAGGUCACCUGCUAAUGAAGGUGACAAGACAAAUAGAACAAAUGUUUCAUCAGCAACAGCUGGUUCGUUAAAGUCCAACAGCAAGUACUUAUCCCUUCAGAAAAAGAUGGAUGAAAGAGCAGCCGAAAGGGCGAAGGCAAAAAUGGAGAGGGAAGAAAAGCGGAGACAGAUGGAAGAAGAGAAACUGGAGAAGCUCAAAGCUGAAGAGGAAGAACUCAUUCAAAAAGAGCAAGAGGAGAAAAAGGCUAGGAUUUCUGCACUCCAGGAGAAAAAGAAACAGGAAAAGUUGCGGGAUCAAAGAAAGCUGGAACAAGAAGAGAAAAUGAAAACACUAAGUGCAAUGGCAGAUAAGCACUACCUCAAGUCAUUGAUGAAGUACAAAGGUAUGAUUAGAUUCAAAAAGUUGGUGGAAAAGUCGAGACAAAAUGAGGUGAAAGCCGUGAAACACUGGAGAGAUUGUUUGAAGAGGAAAUUAUUAAGGCAGUGGAAGGAGAACGUCAGAGAAAUUCAACAAGUAAAGGAGAAAAUGGCGGACAAGAUGUUUGAGUACAUAUUGAUCAAAAGGUGCUUCAAAAACUGGAGACUUGUUAAAAAUCAUGUGGAGAUUCUUGAAGGAAGAGCAAAGCGUUAUUACAACAGAAAUUUGAAAAACAAGAUUUUCUUAAUGUGGCGUGACUGGGCACAGCAUGAAAAAGUAGACAAUAUUGAAAAGGAACGGAGAGCCAGGGAACAUCGUGUCUGGAAUUUGAAGUCUAAGUAUUUUCACAAAUGGAGAAGGCACCCAGAGGAAUUGAAGAAAGAGAAGGCACGUGAAAAACGGAGAAAAGAAAUGCGAUUGACUGUUGCUGCGCUUCUACCGGACUAUGAGGGGAGUGGGAGAAAAAGUCAAACUGUAGAUGAGGAGUAUAGAUACAAUUAGUAGAUCGUUAACCGGGCAUUUUAACAUUCCUUGACAUUUGGUUGUGAUCCGCCUUGACAUUUUGUAUGUGAUCCGCCUAGACAUUUGGUUGUGAUCUGCCUUGACAUUUUGUAUGUGAUCCGCCUAGACAUUUGGUUGUGAUCCGCCUAGACAUUUGGUUGUGAUCCGCCUAGACAUCUUGUAUGUGAUCCGCCUAGACAUUUGGUUGUGAUUCCUAAUUUGUGAUCCGAUUCAAGUGCUUCUCUAAUCUAUUUAUUAAUUUAUUGAAUUCGAUCUUUCCAUCAACUCUUUGGCAUUGUGUAAAAGUUGACUGUAAGAUAUUUUACAGACUUGGUGUAUGUUGUAGUUUUUGAUCAUCAUGUACAUGAACAUAGUCAUACUCUCUAUCAUAGUUUUUCCUAUAGUAAUUCUGCACAGUCUGCAAUAAAAUACUUUUGCAUGUGAAAUAAAAUGUCACAAUGAUUUAGAAAUGUAAAGAAAUAUUUUAUUUAUCAGUGUCCGUUGAAAUUCUAGAUAUCGUAGGUCUGCGUAUACAUUUCUAAUACAAUCAACAUCUUUUUUUAAGUACAAAAUCAAUGAAAAAUUAUUUUGUUUAAACCUUUUUCAAAUGAUUUCAUGGAUGCUGAAUUUCUUGUCGAUGAAUAAAUUGUAAAGAGUAUUUUUGAUGA